AUGUACGAGCUUAAUGAAUUCGACGCUAAUUUUGCUGAUACGGUUGCUAAUUUGUGCUUCAAAAAGUUCUCCACUUUACCAAAAUCUGGAAAGCCAAUUCCAGAAAAAGAAUGGGCCUCGUUAGCCGCAAUAGUAGCACACGUAAAUAAUCAGUUGCGAAUUAUUGGUCUUGCUACGGGAACCAAAUGUAUUGGCGGUACCAAGAUAAGUGAUAAAGGCGACGUACUCAAUGACAGUCAUGCUGAGGUUUUGGCUCGUCGCGGGUUUAUGAGGUAUCUUUUUGAAGAGAUCAAAGCAUUGCAACGAGGCGAAAACUCCUCUAUUUUGUCUGUAGACAAACCGUUGAAUAAGUAUGCCAUUAAAGAUGGAGUUACAUUUCAUUUAUUUACAACCCAGGUUCCUUGCGGUGAUGCGUCUAUAUUUCCUAAAGAAAGUUUUGGCAAAGACUGUGAGGUUUCGGAUGUUUUACUCCCUGGUUGCAAACGUUCGUUGUCUCAAAGUGAAGUACGUUCAAAAAAAUUCAAGCGUGAACUUGAAGAUCACUCUGUGGAAUUUAGCCUUGUCGAAAAUAGUGGCGUCAUUGUAACAGAUAUUAACCGAACUGGAGCAAAAUCCUUGCCAUAUGAUAUCAAUCAGGACAAAAAACAGCCAGGUACAGAAUAUCACGUCGUGGGAACUGUUCGUACCAAGCCUGGCAGAGGAGACCGAACAUUAUCUGUGUCGUGCAGUGAUAAAAUUUUGCGUUGGAACUGUGUCGGCAUUGAAGGAGCUCUAUUAUCAUUUUUCCUGUCACAUCCGAUUUACCUAACUAGUAUUGUGGUCUCCAGCCAUCCGUCUUUUUACAACGAACUUGCCAUGAAAAGAGCAGUAAUUCAUCGAAACGAAAACGUGGAAAAAUUGUGCCGGAAACCUCCUCGCCUGUUGCAUACAAGCUUAGAAUUUGAGUUUAAUAGGAGAAGAAGUCUGCCCAAUGCGAAACCGUCCGCUUGUGGAAUUGUUUGGUGCGAUGUUGGAGAGAAGAAUCACGAAGUUUGUGUAGAAGGACGUCGGUUGGGAUGGACGAAGAAAAAAGCUGAUAAAAUUCAACCACUUCUUGUAUCAAAAAAAUGUUUUUUAAGUGAUUUCAAGUAUCUCGCCAGUGACGGAGAUUACGAUCAGUUAACUUAUUUUCAAAUUAAAAAAUUGGCAGCACGUUAUUGCAAAAUGAGCGACGAUUUCAAAAAUGCUGUUGGGCUGUGGACUAUUAAAAAUCGUGAUUUAUUAUCAUUUAAGUGAAAAUUUUUUACUUGAUAUUUGACAUUUUCUCCAUAUUGUUAAAUAUUUCUUACGUGUAUAGUGACUAGCUGGCUACGAAAAACCAUCUCAGAAAAGUUGUCGAAUUUCUCCAAUUUUCGAUUCAUAGACUUUUGAACAUUUUGACUCGUAAAACAAUAACAAUUCUGUGAUAAACUCUUAUUCUUAAUUACAGUUUGCUCGGCAGUUCAUGGGAAAGUUGAAAUCAUACAACUUCACUACUGCGAAAUUCCAUAAAACGAUAAAAGUUCUAAAAAUAUGUUCAUUGGAAUGGAAUAUGGAUGCGUACAAGCUGAAAAAUGAAAAUAUGUAUGUACUUUUCAUUUCAAUUUCUAUUGUUAUCAAUGGUCAAAAAAACUCUAUUAUUUUUUCUUGCCUAUGUUGAUUAGCAAUUUAGCAUCUAAUGUUGUCUAUUUUCUAAGUUAAUUUAUUGUGGAAUUUUAAUUUUUUCUAAUGUAAAUUGUUUGAUUUCAUAAGAAUAAUAGAAUUUCAAACUCGGCGAUAAAAAAAUUGAAAUUGAUUAGUUAGGUAAGGUACUGUGUUUUAUCAUUUCAAUUUUCAACUUCAACAAUAAAAUUAAAAUUGAAACAAUUGAA